AUGUCGUGGGACUUAUUUCUUCAAAUAAGUCACAAGAUGGCUCCUCAUGUGGACAUCCCUUCAAGUCCCGAGUACACUGGCGAGCUGGGCCAGCCGACUAGUCUGAUUUGUCUGACUAUCGCGGCUUUCCGCAACCCAUCACUUGGCGAGGAGGAAUAUCGGCAGUGUAUGACCAAAGUACAUGCGUGGCUCGUGAGCCCCUUAAUGGAGGAGUAUGGCAUUCUUCGGUACACUAUGGUAAAUAGGGACCCAUUGUCCCCUGGUCAUGCCAUGAAGCUGAAGCUUGUCAAUUGGCAAAAGACACACAACACCAAAGAGACGAGGCCGAUGCUCUUUCAGCUUUACCAUCCGCAAUUCUCGAAGCUGUCAUAG